AUGAGGAACCUUCGCAAUAUCCGCUAUGAGACGGCCAGGUGUGCAGCUGAUAUCACCUCAGCUUGCUGGGACGCCGCCUCUGACGAGGUCCUCGUCACAUUCGGGCCGGACGAGAACGACGGCAAGAUCGAGUUGGCCAGGGUGGCGAACGGCACAGCUCCGAGGCCGUGGGAUCUCCAAUGUCGGACGGUAGCCUCCUGGGAUACCCCUAGUCCGAACCCAGACUUGGCUGUGGACAGGGUCGUGAGCCUUCAUCACUUCAGUGACAAUCUCACGACAUGUGUUGUCCUGGCCGGGGGUGACAUCGUCGUCGUUCAGGAGGAUAAUGCCGGUGUCGCUUCUGAAAAUGUCCACAUUGAGAUUGUAGGUUCGAUAGAUGCGGGGAUCACUGCUGCACGCUGGUCGCCCGAUGAGGACUUGUUGGUCAUCGCCACGUCCGCCGGCACGGUCGUCUACAUGAGCCGCAGCUUCGACGGUAUUGCUGAGGCCACCAUGGCGGCCGAGGAUCUCAAGAUGUCAAAGCAUGUCUCUGUUGGAUGGGGCAAGAAGGAGACGCAGUUUCAAGGGCGCGGUGCCAAAGCCCUUCGAGACCCCACAAUACCAGAAAAGGUCGACCAAGGUGUGCUCAGCCCUCAAGAUGACCGACGGACGACAAUCAGCUGGCGUGGUGACGGUGCCUUCGUUGCCGUCAACAGCCUAGAGGCCUCUGAAAGGAGGGUCAUCCGCGUCUACAGCCGGGAGGGCGUGCUCGACAGCGUAAGCGAGCCCGUUGACGGCCUAGAGGGUGCCCUAAGCUGGAGGCCGGCUGGCAACCUCAUGGCCGGCAUUCAGGCUGUUGGCGGUGGCGCGGAUGUUGUCUUCUUUGAGAGGAACGGACUGCGGCACGGGAAUUUCACCCUCCGGUCUCCUCAUCAGGUCGACAACACUGGAGUACCCCUCGAGCUGGAAUGGAAUUCUGACUCGACCGUUCUGGCUGUCAAGUACGAGAGUGUUGUCCAGCUAUGGACCAUGGGAAAUUACCACUGGUACCUCAAACAGGAGAUCUUCACCGGUCCAGGAUGUUCGCACGUUGUAUGGCAUCCCGAGAAGUCAUUACGCCUUGCUACGGCGGCCUCUGAUAACCUUCUGUCUACUGAACACAUCUUCCACAUUGCAAGGGGUCCACUGACUGAGCCCAAUGACCACGGAGCGGUAGCCGUCAUUGACGGUUCUACUGUUAAACUCACACCCUUGAGAACGGGAAAUGUUCCGCCGCCGAUGGCUCUUUUCGAAAUCACUGACGCUGCCUCCAGCGUGGUCGAUGUCGCUUUCUCGAAAGACCAUUCUACGAUGGCAGUACUCCAUCAGACCGGAGUCAAUUUCUAUGCCUGGCAGACCAAAGGUGCCCGAAGUUUGGCCCCUAAGUUGAUCGGCCAGGUCGAGUUUGAGGAGACAGAACGGCGUUUGUUCGAGCGUCCGGUUUUUCAAAUAUGUUUCUCAGAAGGAGAAGCCGCCCACGUUCUAUAUGGGGGCGAAGGCCCACAGAUCAGUCUUUGCCGCCCUGGCAUGACCGAAAAGCUGACUCUGGAGGGUCUCGAGCAGAACGAGAUCGUCUCAUUUGUGACCUCAUCUUCGGAGGACUCGACGGCGAUUGGUCAAUCGCGAAGCGGGCAGUUAUUCAGGAUCUCGAACGAGGAACAAGAGACGCUCCCUAUAAAAUUCCCCUUGCAACUUCCUUGGGCAGAAGUUGUGUCAUAUGGCGAGAGCCCUAUUGCGUUCGGGUUGUCAAGGAGUGGGCAUCUGUAUGCCAAUUCUCGGCUGCUGACCAAAAAUUGUACAUCCUUUGUGGUCACUAGGGAGCACCUUAUCCUGACUACUAGCAAUCACUUCCUCAAGUUUGUGCAUCUUGACGAUGUUGAAGAGCUCAGCAUGCCCGGCGAUGACCCAGAAAACGAUGAACGGUGCCGAAGCAUUGAGCGAGGAGCUCGCUUGGUGACUGCAAUGCCCACGAACAUGAGUGUCGUGCUUCAGAUGCCCCGGGGCAAUCUUGAAACCAUCUAUCCUAGGGCCAUGGUGCUUGCAGGCAUCAGACGCCUCAUCGAGGAGAAGGACUACGGCAAGGCUUUCAUGACAUGUCGCUCCCAGCGAGUCGACAUGAACAUCUUGUACGACCACAGGCCCGAGCAAUUGCUCUCCAAUGUCAAAUUGUUCUUGGAUCAGCUGAAAGAUGUCACUUACGUUGACUUGUUCUUGUCGUCUCUAAAGGAGGAGGAUGUGACGCAGACCAUGUACAAAGACACGAGGCCCGUGAAGAGCCAGGAGGUACCCGGCCUUCUCAACCCAGUCGCCGCUGUGCCGGCUGCGAAACCAGCAGGCUCUAAAGUAAACGUGGUCUGCGAUGCGGUGCUGGCUAGUCUGCACACUCAGAAGAACGCCAAUCUACAGAACAUCAUUACGGCGCACGUCUGCAAGAAUCCUCCUGCCCUCGACGACGGCCUCCAGGUCGUUGCCGAGCUCAUGAAAGAGGACGAGUCCCUGGCUGAGCGGGCAGUCGAACAUAUCUGCUUCCUGGCUGAUGUAAACCAGCUCUAUGACCAGGCGCUUGGCCUUUACAACCUAGACCUCACGCUCCUGGUAGCCCAGCAAUCGCAAAGAGACCCUCGAGAGUAUCUGCCUUUCAUUCAAGGGCUUCACCAGUUGCCCGAGCUGCGACGAAAAUUCACCAUUGAUGAUUACCUCAACCACCGCCAGAAGGCGCUCGCGCACCUUCAUGCCCUGAACGUCUUUGACGAAGUGAGAGACUACACCGCAAAGUACGAGCUCUACCAGACAGCGCUGGGGUUGUACAAGUACGAGACGGAGCGGCACAACAUCUUGAUGGACAUGUAUGCCGAGUUCCUGGCGUCGAGGUCCAAGAACAGGGAGGCCGGGCUCGCCUACGAAUCCCUCGGCAACUAUGCCAAGGCCGCGGUGUGCUACCGCGCAGCGGGCGCCACUUGCUGGCGGGAGUGCCUCUUCGCGGCCCAGCAGCAGCAGGACCCGCCCCUCUCGGCAACCGCCUUCUCGGAGCUGGCCACGACCCUCGCGGAGGCCCUCUACGAGGCCAAGGACUACAGCUCGGCGGCGACGGUGCACCUCGACUACCUCUCGUCGGUCGAGUCGGCCGUGCGCUGCCUCUGCAGGGGUUACCACUUCGCCGACGCAAUGCGGGUCGUCGCCCUGCGGGGGCGGCCGGACCUGCUGGCGUCGGGCGUCGACGCGGGGCUCGCGGACGCGCUGUCCUCGUCGACGGAGCUGCUCGCCGACUGCAAGGCCCAGCUGAGGGCGCAGGUGCCGCGCAUCCUCGAGCUGCAGCGCAAGGCCGUCGAGGACCCGCUCGGCUUCUACGAGGGCGACGACCAGCGCGCCGCCGGCGCCGGCGGAGACGUGCCCGACGACGUCUCCGUCGCGGCGUCGUCGCGCGCCGCCAGCACCUCGGCCAGCCUGUUCACGCGGUACACGGGCAAGGCCGGCAGCGUGGGCACGGCCGGCACGGGCGUCAGCCGCGCGACGCACAAGAACCGCCGGCGCGAGGAGAAGAAGCGCGCGAGGGGGCGCAAGGGCACCGUCUACGAGGAGGAGUACCUCGUCAACAGCGUGCGGCGGCUCGUGGAGCGGGUCGGCGCCGCGGGGCCCGAGGUCGAGCGGCUCGUGGCCGGGCUGGCGCGGCGGGGCAUGCAGGAGAGGGCGCGGGCGGCGGAGGCGCUCAUGGCCGAGGUCGUCGAGGGCUGCCGGGCUGCCGUGGCGGAGAUCUGGGCCGCGGACAAGGCGGGGCCGGAGGGUGGCAAGGGGCCCUCUCCCGAUGGCGAGGCUACUGGUGGUGGUGGCGGUGGUCCGCAGGAGGAGUAUGCGCGGUUGCUUGGUGGGGAAGCGGUGCUGGCUGAGAGCCUGGAGGCUAUGAAGUCGAGGCAGACGCCGCCUGUGGUCAAGGACUUUGCGAGAUUGUCGCUGCUGGGUUAG